AUGUAUGAGGGAGAGUGCCCACUGGAAGCCAUUUUCACAUCCCUGUCAAGAUCUACCAAUAGUGAGUAUGAUUUCAUUAAGGAGUUGCUGAAGGAUGGCAAAGCGCUGAUCGCAGCCAACAAGGCUCUUUCAGCAGCACAACAGAAAUUUGCUCGAUCACUUGGGGAAUUUUCCUUUGAGUUUAUUGGAGAUGCUGAGACAGAUGAUGAGCGGUGUAUUGAUGAGUCACUUCAGGAAUUUGCAACAUUUCUACAUAACCUUGUGGAGCAAAGAGAAAUGAUGACGCUAAACAUCUUUGAAACAUUUAUCAAACCACUGGAGAAAUUCAGAAAGGAUCAAAUUGGAGCAGCAAAGGAAGAAAAGAAAAAGUAUGACAAAGAAACUGAGAAAUACUACAGCUUUUUGGAGAAACAUGUCAAUUUAUCAGCAAAGAAAAAAGAAGCGUUGCUAGUUGAGGCUGAUAGUCAGCUAGAGCAGAUACGGCAACAUUACUAUGAGCUGUCACUGGAGUACGUGUGUAAGGUGCAAGAAAUUCAAGAGCGGAAGAAGUUUGAGUUUGUGGAGCCUAUGCUGUCCUUUUUCCAGAUGCUUUUCACCUUUUAUCAUCAAGGCUAUGAGUUGGCCAAAGAUUUUGACCAUUACAAAACAAACCUACACCUGAACAUACAAAAUGCAAGAAAUCGCUUUGAGGGUGCAAGGUCAGAAGUAGAGGAACUAAUGAAUAAAAUUAAGAAAAGCCCUCAUGAGUUGAUCAGAGCAACCCCAUUUACUGCAGAGGGUUACCUUUAUCUACACGAGAAAAGGACAGGGCCUUUUGGCUCAAGUUGUGUGAAACAUUACUGUUCGUAUAAAAAGGAGACAAAGACUUUUACCAUGGUGCAGUUUGAUCAGAAGUCAGGUGGGAAAAUUGGGGAUGAGGAUACGUUCAUUCUUAAAUCCUGCACAAGGAAAAAAUCUGAUGCCACAGACAAGAGAUUUUGUUUUGAUAUUGAAGCAGUGGGCAGGCAAGGUGUGAUUACCAUGCAGGCUAUUACAGAAGAUGAUCGCAGGCAGUGGAUGGAAGCUUUGGAUGGAAAAGAACCAGUAUAUUUAAUUACUAGGAGUAAUUCCAAGAAAGAAGGAAGUGUCCAACUAGAUGAGAUGGGUUUCAAACUAAUAAAGAAGUGCAUCCAUGCUCUUGAAACACGGGGACUUAAUGAUCAAGGAAUAUAUAGAGUGGUUGGAGUCAGUUCAAAAGUCCAGAGGCUUAUGAGUUUGCUGACUGAUCCAAAGAUUUGUGUUGAUCUAGAUCUGCACAAUUCACUAGAAUGGGAAACAAAGACCAUCACCAGUGCACUGAAACAAUAUUUACGAAAUCUACCAGAGCCCCUCAUGACUUACAAGUUGCACGGGGAAUUCAUCUUGCUAGCCAAAUGUGCCAGCCCAGAUUCCAGAACCAAACCAAUUCAUUCCCUCAUCCAUAAACUUCCGGAAAAGAAUCGAGAGAUGCUGGACAUUCUCAUCAAGCAUUUAGCCAACGUAUCUAAUAAUUCAAAACAGAACUUGAUGACCAUUGCAAAUCUUGGUGUUGUGUUUGGGCCAACACUAAUGCGAGCACGGGAGGAAACGGUUGCUGCUAUCAUGGACCUGAAGUUUCAGAACAUCGUUGUGGAAAUUCUAAUCGAAAAUUAUGAAAAGAUAUUCCGGACUGUUCCAGAUUCAAGUGCAAGUCAGGCAGACACCUCUUCAACACAAUCCUCAAGUAUACUGACCAGGCGGACCUCACACGGCCCACGUCAUUCCAGGCCCAUAGCUGUUUACAAUUUUUCUGUAGAUCUAAGUAAAGAGUACGCUUCCACGCUGGAUAUAGCAGAUAGUCCUCAGCCUGUCCUGGUGGAGAAUGGAGUGGCGUGGAGCUCAGACAUCCAUGGGGAAGAGGAGGUAGUUAGUGGCAGCAGUUUGGAAACUUUGAUCCACACUUUACCCGCAUGCUUCCACAAAAUCUCACUCAUUUUAUUUUGUCUCAUCUGCAGUUCUUCUCUGUCAAUGGCUUCCUGGUUCAAUUCUUCACCAGCUUCACCAGCAUCAUCUUUACCAUCCUUCCAGUUCCCACCUGUGACCACUGUCAGUGAUAAACCACCUAAUGGGGUUCCAAAUGAUAAAGCCAAGGCUGUGUAUUCGUGUGAAGCAGAACAUUACUCUGAGUUAUCCUUCAAAGUAGGAGCCAUAUUUGAAAAUGUUCACUUCUCACAGGAACCUGGCUGGUUGGAAGGAACUCUCGAUGGCAAAACAGGGCUCAUUCCACAAAAUUAUGUUGAAUUCCUGUAGCACCGAACCCCGUUUAAAUUUAUAGAAAAUGCUAUUCAUGGUAUCCAUGGCCAUGUCCUUGAUGGAACAGAAUUCCUGUUUGUUUGAACCUAACUCCAUGACUGAGAUUUCUCAAUUGGAAUCAAGAGGAAUAUCAAUUUCUAUAACUAACAUACAACCAAUCUCAAACCUCUGUAAACCUGUGUGCUUUUAAAACUUCAAUAUUGCCCAAAGUGUUACUGUAACUACUUCAUGUCAUUUUAAUUAUUACAAGCUUUUAUUAUAGGAUGAAUUGGUACAGUUUUAACAAUAUGUUUGAUGUUGUAAUAACCUGAAACAAAACUCGUUCUAUCUGUUUUGACUUCAGUCUACUUUCUAUGAAUUCUCUUAUUUUCAUGUUGCUUUCUCAGCAAAUGAAGAAGGACUCGCAAUAAAAGGUUGUUUGGGGGUGGGGGAGAGUUGUUCCUGUGAAGUUUUACUUUUUCAUUGUUGAUUAUGUCAAAUGGUUAGAUGUUUCAGUUUUAAGAAACAUUGGGAGAGCUUUUUUUUACAAAACAUCUUGUGCAUUUCUACAACAUGUGAAGUAAUUUGCUGCAUUUUAUCUUUCAAUAUCAAAUAACAGACCUAAUGAUGGCAAUGGACUUUCAUUUUAACAUAAUGUUAGUGAAUGUUGGAUAGGGUUUUCAUCGAUAUUUGAAAAUUGGGAAAUUCCAUUCAGUUUUUAACAAGAAGAGGUAUUUACAGAUUCCUCACUGUGUAUUUGUAUUUAUUUUAACUAUGUGAAAUGUAUUAUUUCUGAUUUAAUGAUUUAUUGUACUUCUGAAAACUAUCCUUAAAUAAUCACAUGCGCCUGAACAUGGUCAACAAAGUCACAAACCUAAAGCCUUCAGAAAUCUUUAUUCUGUAACUGUAUGAGAAAAUAAAGAUCACUAUCAGUGA